AUGGAGGAUCAUGAUCCUGACCAAAAGCGCCGCAGAGCAAUAAAUCCCUCAUACCCAUUUGUCGAUCAGGCUGAAUGGCAGCUAGCAGAAUUCAUCGUGCAGCGGCUGACCAAAACCGACAUUAACAAGUUUCUGAAACUAGACUGGAGCGCAGAUCAACUAUUUGGCUGGAUUGAUGUAUUGCCAAGUGGCCCUCAGUGGCAAUCAACGACAUUCGAGUUUAUCGACUACACAACUGCGAGGCCAAUGGAACUCAUCUGGCGUGACGGUCUUGAAGUCGUUAAAGAUCUCUUUGCAAACCCGAUAUUUUCCAAUCACAUGAUGUACGAUCCCCACCUUGUUAUGACUGGCUCAGAGCGUGAAUACGGCGAAUUCUUCACUAGUGAGAGGGCUUUCACCAUUCAAAAUGACCUUCCAGAAGGCGCCACUAUAGUACCAAUCAUUCUUGCAUCUGACAAAACGCCCGUAACCAGGAUGACAGGAGGAUUAGAAAUGCACCCAAUAUUCCUUACGAUUGGCAAUAUUCAAUCCGAAGUUCGAAUGAAGGCCACCGCUCAUGCAUGGCGUUGUAUCGCAUUUAUCCCAAUUCCGAAGUUCGAUGCUCACGCAGACUAUCAAACGCUCCUCCAUGCCCGUCUCUUCCACAAAUGUAUGGACACGAUAUUCGCCAGAUGCAAAGUUGCCACAAAGAUUGGUGAAUACAUGGCAGAUCCCAUGGGUUAUAUCCGGCACUGCCAACACACGCUCACGCUCAUCUACGACCUAUCCAAACGCAUUGAUCCAUGGAGUGUACCGCGCUUCCAAGUCGAAGCUAAAUCGUUGAUGCUUAGUGGCGUCCAUCAACCGUUUUGGAGAGAUUGGAGGUUUGCGGAUCCUGGUUAUAUGUUGCCUGGCGAACUCCUUCACACCUGUCAUAAGUUUUUUGGUGACCAUGCUCUAAAAUGGUGCAAGGAAGUUGUUGGGGAGGAGGAACUCGAUGCGCGUUACAAGGCUCACCAUAAACGAGUCGGAACACGUCAUUUUGGCUCUGGCGUCUCCCACAUCAGCCAGAUGACUUGCCGGGAACAUCGCGACAUUGAACGCACCAUGAUUGCCACUAUCGCUGGCGCGACAAAUGCAACCCCCGAUUUCGUUCAUGCUAUACGUGCCCUCACCGAGUUCUUUUAUCAGGCACAGAGCCCCGUGCACACCGACUCAUCCAUCGCUUCUAUGGUUCAGUCCCUCGACGAGUUUCAUCGCUUAAAACAAGGCAUCCUCGAUGCCGGUGCUCGGAGAGGCAAGCGUGGAACCAUCGACAACUUUCUCAUCCCAAAGUUGGAGUUGUUUCACAGCUUUGCUGGAUCUAUCAGAGCUCUCGGUGGUUUGAUACAGUACUCAGCAGACGUCAGCGAACGGCUGUUGAUUACUCACUGCAAGUUUCCAUUCGAAAGGACCAGCCGGCAAGCCAAGAGUUUUACUUUACAGGUUGUUCAAAUUCUCAAUCGCGACGAAACCAUGCAGCGUUUCAAUCUUUACACGCUCCUGCAGACGCAUGGCGCACCGCUCGUUAAUGCCAUUGCUGCUGAAGAUGAUAUCGUCGCAGAGACAGAUCCUACCUUGGCAUGGAUAGCCCGCACGCUCCCAAGUCAGCAGAAGCGCUUCCAUGGUCCACGUCCAGUCCGCAACCACUUCAUAACAGGACUUCUUUCUGCAGAAGCUACUGCUGCAUUCCAUGUCACGGUCGCACCUGAUCGAAAAUCAUUUACCGUCCCCGAUCUGCAGUACACCUACGCCCUUCCUGACUUUGCUGUGGCGCUCACUGAGUAUAUUAGUAAGUCAUCCCAGGGUGCCCCAACAACAUCGUGGACCUGUCGGGGAGGUUCGGUUAGGACGUGGAACAAGUUCCGCAUACAACUCCUCUCCAACUUCCAGUCACGAGUUGUCAUGCCAAGUCAAAUCGUCCAGUCGUAUCCGCCCUCAGAGGCAUUCCCUUUUGGGAAUUGUGACGCAGUUCUCGUACAAUUAACUGAGAGUAAUGACGUCUACAUCGCACAAGUGCGUUGCGUUUUCCAACCUACCGCCAAGAAAGGCCGUACUUUGCCUCGCUAUCUUGAAGCUGCACCUCUCUUAUACGUUCAAUACUUCCAGAUCAAAGCCACGCCUGCUGACGAGCCAAGCGUUGGGAUGUACAGGGUGAAACGAAUCUUUCAUCAGGAUGAGACAGGUCGGAUCUUCCGACCUGGCAGCAUCAUUCCACUGACGGCUGUUACUUGUGCCGUCGAGCUCGUCCCUGUGUAUGGUUCGAAGAUGAAUCGCACGAUAACUGCUGCAAACUCGUUAGAGGUCUGUGAUGAUUACUACCUGAAUAAAUUUUCAGACAAGGAGGUUUUCCAUACGAUGCACACAGAUCUAAUGUAGAUUUUUUGCGUAUUGCCUGUAGUACUAGUUCUGCAAUUCAUUAUCUGCACACCUGAUCAAGUUUAGAUAUGAUAAUCUUGCACCGCUUGUGUCAUUCAGUUGUCAUUCAGUUCCCCGUUCGCAUUUUGGCCUAGUUAGUUACUUAAUGCAACUCGUCCGAGACUAGGCCAAAUAGGGAUCGUUGAACGAUGCUUUCGCGACGGUUUCAGAUAUCAGAUGUAC